GUAAGAAACCUGAGAAUGUCGUGGGUGUUUUUCAGUAGUUAGAAGUCAUUUAUUUUGGAGCAUUAUCAUUUUAAAAAAGUAGAUUAAAACUCAAUUAUUUGAUGUAGUUUAAUCCUGGAUAUUGCUGUUGCCUUUUUCUUUAGUUUAAUACAAACAAUUUUUUGGCAUCAAUGAAUUAUUGUUUUGGAGCCAUUCUCACAUUUUUGCUUGCCUUCAGCUUCACAGGAACCAAUUGUUUACUAGUCAUCUGGCCCAAUGGACCUACUUUGGUUAAUGCAUUUGUGGGCACCAAUUUGACCCUCGGCAUUUCAUAUAGCGGCGUCACCGGGCCUCUAGUGACGUGGCUGAACGGGACGCUGAUUCUAGCUUCGUGGACCAUAGGCCUGAACACACCUCCUGACAUUGGCCAGGCAUACCAAAAUGUCUUAUCCAUUGAUCAGACAGGAUCUCUGGUCUUCCAGAAUGUUCCAGUCAGCUACAGUGGCACAUACAUUGCGCAAAUGGCGAAGCCGGGGUCUCAUGAGGUUUCGGUCAACUUUACGCUGUCGGUGUACAAUGUUAUCACAUACGCUUCUAUUGUCACAGUCUCACAAUACAUUGUAGAGGGAGGAGCGCCGUUCACUCUGUCAUACAGCUCGAUGCAAGGACCAGUCAUGACGUCAGCAUGGUACUUCAAAAGCGUGGCUUUAGUGAACAGCUCUCGGUACCUGAUAACUCAGAAUAGUCUGAUUAUCAAUCAGCCGAACCGCAACGACACGGGGCUCUACAGUGUGGUGCUCAAGAAUCCAUUCAGUAACGUGAUGCAGAGCAAGAACAUCACAGUGCUGUACGGACCAGAUAAGCCGGUUUUGGAGGUCAGUCCCUCAAAAGCGACUUUUGUUUCCGGAGAGACUAUCUCUCUGUCAUGCCGAGCUGAGGGUGAACCGCCUCCCUCAGCCUCAUGGGUGUUUCUCGGACAGACGCUACCUACGUCUAAUGGCACUCUGCAGCUCACCCAUGUGCACACGAGCCAGAGCGGCAUUUACACGUGUGUUCUGGUUAACAGCAUGACCAGCAAAAGCCUUGCAAGGAACAUCACCAUUAACAUCCUGGGCCUUAGCAGCUCUGCCAUUGCUGGUAUAGCUGCUGGAGUCCCGUGCCUUAUCCUCCUGCUGCUGCUGUUCGCAGGCCUCAUUUUUUCCUGUUACUACUGCUAUAAAAAGAAAGCAGCAAAUAAAAAUCCCAGAUAUCCAGUCACAAAAGCUGUCAAGAAAGCUGUAAUCAAUCAGCCCGAUCUGAUCAAACCUCACAAGCUGCUCACCAGAAGCCUCAAACAGCCUCCACCCUACAAUUACCAACCACACCAGGUGUCGAGCGAACGCCCCGGCUCUCUGCCGUUAGGGGUUCCUCCUGUCCGAAUGGCCACUACAGUGUAACACAUCCAUAACUUUUUUCACAUCCUAAAGACAUUUGAUAAUUAGAGGCUUGGCACAUUCACAUCUACCUCACACGCUACCAGCCUUUGUUUUUGUUUCCUACUUUAUUUCUUCUAAUUUAGAGAAAUGAGCUUAAAUCUAGGAACAAAUAACUGUAUUUUGUCUGAAGAGCUGACCACUAACACAAAAAAACACUUUCAUUUGCGGCUCUGCAACUUCCAUGUUUCGAGCCAUGCACUUUAAAUGACCCGAAACCCCAAAAAGUUGCUUAAUAUUCAGUUUUACCGUGUGAGUUAAUAUCUUUAAGGUUGUUUUUAUUUGUACAUACUCUUAAUAAAAUACAUAUUUAAAUUUAUUUUGUUUGACUAUUCGUUGGUAAAUUGUGUUCUCUGAAAUUCAUUUCAUCUGUUUUAAUGCUGUGGCUGGAUCUUAUCUCCAAACAAUUUUUGUGUUUUAGUGUAGAAACUUUUUUUUUGGUCAAUAAUAAGAUACAAAGAACAUCUAUUUCAAAAAAUCUGUAAUUUAUCUGCCUUUUAUCACGUUAAAAACAGAGACACAUGCAUGUACAUGUUGUUAGUAUGUAACUAAGUAGGGUCAUUUACUUGUGUGAAGAUUUACUUCAAUCAAAUACAUAUAUACAUGUACAGAUAAUAAACUUUAUUUUCAUUGAAAAAUGUAACAAAUUUCAGCUGUAAUAAUUUGCCAUGUCUGUCAUAAAUCUUGCCAAAGAUUUGUUUGGAGAUUUCUUUCUGACCUUGUGAUCCAGUUCAUCCCAAAACAGUUGUUCAAUAGGAUUAAGGUGCAGUGACUGGGCAGGCCAUUCAGUUAUAGAUAACACUCCAGAUGAUUGUUUGCUCUCUAAGUAACACUUACAGAGCUUGACUGUACACUUUGGCUCGUUGUCUUGUUGUAUGGUGAUUAGCAGCAGUUCAGAUGGAUUUGCAUGGUGUUGAAGUAUGAAAUGGUUGCCAUGUUGGUUCAUUGUUGCUUUCAGCUGGAAUAAGACUCCAAAAUUCCCUGCUCCAAAAUAACCUCAAACCCUUAAGCUUCCUUCUUCAUGUUUGACUGUGAGGGUGAGGCAGUCUGAAUACAGCUUCUCCCUGUUCUUACAUAAUUCUUCUGUUAGAGACAAAAUGGUCACAUUUGGACUCAUCGGUCCACAGAACUUUCUCCCAGUCAUUCACAGUCCAAUCCUUCUGUGGGUUUACCUUUUACCUAAAUAAUAUAUGCAUAUAAACAAAAGGAAAGUGCAAACUUAUGAGAGACACUGUAACUGGGCGAAUUUGCUACUGGUAGAUGUUUUAUAAUUUUGCUCAU